AUGAAUUGUCUACGCGACUUCUUCUCUUUUCUCGCGAUCUAUCUCGCAACCGUGAUGGCUUUUCCACAGCAAACCAUCACAGUCACCACGGCUACUUCACCGGCACAGAUCACCCAAGGUCCCGAGCUCGUGUGUUUAGAGGGCCAAACAGCUGUCUACACAACGGAUUGCACUCUAGGAACCCCAAUGUCAUACUGCUUCAGCCCGGAGCCUCCAAUCCGUUGCUCGCGUGGGUUUUUCCCAUCGGUCUGGCAUCCAGACCACUGUAUGGAGCGAUCCACCUGCUUCCCUAUCAGUGCGCCCUGGAUCACGACUACGUGCACCCACGGAGCCCUAGCAUAUUCAACAAGCACCUUUUACGAGGGUACUGUUGCCGACGGGCAUUUCACCGUUAUUAAAGGCGUUUCCUGCUCCUGUGCCCAGAACCAGUGGACUAGCACUAGAUCGCUGGAUUCUUUCAAAGAGGAAAAGUUUUGCAUGCCGUAUGACCGGUGUCCGCCAGGCAUGAUAACGACCUCCAUCAACAGUAACGAAUGCUUGAUGGAGGGUCAAAAGGAGUGCCCCCUCUCUGCGAAAGAGAUCGAUCUCUGUGUCUGCGCUAUUGAGCCGCAGACACCGGUGUAUCCCGACUGGUCUGGUGCGGAGCCGACUGGGUGUGCAUUUUGA